CUACCUCCAGGUGUAGUAACACUACGUUUUAUCUGGUCCCAAUGGAUCUCGUACGAUGCAUUCAAAAAUGGCGGUUUGAACGCCAAUCCGCCAAAGACACACGCAAGAACGAGGAGUGGAGCCGCCAGCUCGUCUACGUACGCAAUUCCGAGAAGCAACAAACCCCCAAUCUCAUUCUGAGAACGCUGCAACGCAACAUGGAUCCACUGAUAGCCGCACAAGUCUACAACAUUCGCUACUGUCCUUUGACCAGCUGGCUCCCGGAAGAAAUCCUGUUGUGCGUUCUGGGGUUUUUAUGUGACGAUCCCGCUGCGCUACACUGUCUUCGCUCAGUGUCCAGGAUAUUCUUCCGCUUUCUCGAUCCCGGCUCGGCGUUCAUGAGAGGUGUGUACAGCAAUGUGGCACAGGUCGACAUGGGAAACGUUUCCAAACUCGAACGCCGUGUUCAGCUUCAACUCCGGCAAUCGCUACAGAGAGACGGGCGGUGCGAUGCCUGUAUGCGCUGGAACGAAGCUCACCAAGAUUACGUCUUGGACGAUUGCAAAUUCCGGCAGUGGCGCCAUAUCAGUCAACCUGAAAGCCCCCAUGAUAUUCGGCGGUUCUUCAGGGUUCGCGAGAAGAAGCACGACAUCUAUGGAUUCUUGCAGAUCGAUGAGUCUGCGCGGUUAUUGGAAUGCAAACGUCUAGGAAAGCAGGGCACGGUGCAAUUAUGUGAGCAUGUUCAGAUCACGUGGGACAGCGUUAAAAGCUACUUGAAGAAAUUCCAACGUCAGCGAACCGGAAAAAACUGGCAAAGGUGGCUCGAUGCAUUCCAAAUAGAAUGUAGAAAUAAAGGCCACGAUGCUCGCUGUACAUCCUCAGAAAUCCCUACCAGGCCAACGGCUCGUCUCCGUACUUGCGACAAGGGUUCCACGGUGGUUCUCAGUCUCGAGUGGCAGCCCCAUCACCGUAUGGGGUUGUUUUCUCUGACUUCUACUGGAAAAAUACCAGCUCAAGACUUCAACGCGCAGCUGCGAAAGCUUCGCAGAUCGGGACCAGCCGAUCUUCUCUGCCCUCAAUACCCCUCCGGCACACUCCCAGAAAUGGUUUGUUUCAGCCAAUCAGCACUGGGAAAUUCGUUCAUCUACUACAAAAGAGAAGGGGAUGAACUCGACGUAAAACGCGACCCACUAUCACCAUUUCAACCUUUCCCCUCCUCCCUUUCGCUCUCCUGGCUCUUCUCCGACGAAAAUGUCCGAUGCCGCAAAGUACGCCUGAGGGAGCAAAUGCCCGUUUACUACGCCAUGCGACACGACGUCGGCUUCGAUAUGAAACAGCAACGCCUGGAUCCCGAUAGCUCCUACAAGAGCGGCAAAGAGAUAACCAUUACAUCUCACUACAUGAGCAACGCCAUCGGCACCUACAUCUCGCAGCAAUGUCUGAAGCUCAGCUACAGGAAAGACAUCAUGAUCUGCAGGAGCGCAGACUUGCUCGACCCCAAGAAGAAGAUUCCGCCCAGCGAUGCGUGGCUUCAUGCCAUGGAUCCUCGAACAUAUCCUCAUCCGCAGGCAACUGGUAUCAGGCCGCUAUGCGUCAGCGAGCGAUGUGUCAAUUAUAAUCGAAGACCAAAGAUUUUCAAUGACUGCGCGCUUUGUCCCAUCACUCAGGCUUGUCCGACAAUGGCGUCGACCUUGGAAGAGGUAUUUGAAGCAUACAUGCGUGAGCGGACGAACGUCCCUGCUCAGAUGUAA